AAUAUUUUUAUUUUUUUAUAAAAUAAGUAAAUAAAUUCUAAAUAAAAAUAUUUUAUUAAAAAGAUAUUAAAAAGCUUUUUAGUAUCAUAUUGUGUCCACAAGUUGAACAGUCCGAAAUGAGAAGGAAGCAUAUUGGAAGAGGACACUAUCUCACUACAUGUGACUUGCCCUGAAAAAGAAAAAGAAAAAGAAAAAACAAAAACAAAAAGCGCAAAAGGGGUAUUUUUGUAAUUAUUUCUAAAAAUUAGGGUAUGUAGUGUAAAAUCCUCAAAUUUAUACCCUGAGCGCAAAAGUUGAGCCUAUAGCUUGUCAAAAUGACCCAUAAUAUAAACAUAGAAAUAAAAAAAAAAAAAAUAAAAAAAAAAAAAAAGAAAAGAAAAACUAAGCAUUCUUGUAUGGGCUGCCACACUGCCCCAAAAGGCUAAACUCAAAGUUUACUGUUUCAAAUUUAAGCAUCACCUACAUCAAGUUUGGUAGCUUAGGAAUUCUCCUAAGAAUGCACAGGGACAGGGUGAUUUGCAAGGCAUGUUAUCAACCCUUUCACUUCAAGUGCAUAUUUCUAUACAUAUAUUAUAUACCCACUUGGUAAAAUUGGAAAUAUCAUCUUAUCCUCUCAUCCCUAUUGUUUUCUUUAACCCAAUCAACAACUAGUUAAUGAUGAGUCUCAGAAGCAUUUCUCUCACACUGCUCGUUGCCUUUUUCGCAGUAUUUGCAUCAACAGCUAUCAUUAAUCAAAACCCUGCAGCAUUUCUUAAAGAAGUAGUCUUUGAGCUAAGCCAUACCAUUUUCUCAUCGCCUAUUAUUGCUACCAUAUUCUCAUGCAACAUUGAACAUCACCACCAUAAGAAGCACCCCGACAAAGGCAAGCUAGUGAAUAUUUGUGAUGAUUUUCCAAUCGAUAUUCCUCCUCCAGACACCAACACAACCUCCACCUUUUGCGUUGAUCCUAACGGGUGCUGUAACUUCACCACAGUGCAAUCAGCUGUUGAUGCUGUAGCAAAUUUUAGCCAGAAAAGAACCAUAAUAUGGAUAAAUUCUGGCAUCUAUUACGAGAGAGUCAUUGUUCCAAUAACCAAACAGAAUGUUACAUUUCAAGGACAAGGUUACACAUCUACUGCUAUUGUAUGGAAUAACACAGCAAAUUCUUCACACGGGACAUUUUAUAGUGGUUCUGUACAGGUUUUCUCCAAUAACUUCAUUGCCAAGAAUAUUAGCUUCAUGAAUGUUGCACCAAUUCCAGGGCCUGGCGAUAUGGGAGCCCAAGCAGUGGCAAUGAGAAUAUCAGGAGACCAAGCUGCCUUCUGGGGUUGUGGAUUCUUUGGAGCACAAGACACGCUUCAUGAUGACAAGGGCCGCCAUUACUUUAAGGACUGUUAUAUCCAAGGUUCCAUUGAUUUCAUCUUUGGUGAUGCAAGGUCCCUUUAUGAGAGUUGCGAGCUGAUAUCGAUGGCGAACCCAGUAGCCCCAGGACAAAGGUCAAUAAACGGAGCAGUUACGGCUCAUGGUAGGACUUCAAAGGAUGAGAACACUGGCUUCGCAUUCGUCAACUGCACCUUAGGAGGAACAGGAAGAAUAUGGCUUGGCCGGGCAUGGCGACCUUUCUCUCGUGUUGUCUUUGCCUUCACAUCCAUGACUGAUAUCAUUGCUGCUGAAGGUUGGAAUGACUUCAAUGACCCAACAAGAGACCAGACUAUUUUCUAUGGAGAAUACAAUUGCUCAGGGCCAGGAGCCAAUAUGACGAUGAGAGCAGCUUAUGUUCAAAGACUAAAUGACACUCAGGCUUCUGCUUUUCUUGAUGCAUCUUUCAUUGACGGGGAUCAGUGGUUGCAAUCUUAUAAUGCUUAACCCAUUUCUUAAAUGUAAAUGUAAACUUAAAUGUAAACAUUGUUCAUGGGAUAUAUGAAUUAAAAUCCCUUAGCUAUUUGUAGAUAGCCAUUAAAUUAUUAAUUGUUAUCUCACUCUUAUCUCUUAAGACAAUAAGGGCCACU